AACAAUUUGUUGAUUUUUUCUUCCAAAAAGUGUAUAAAUCUAGUUUAUAUACAUUUACGAAACAAUUAUGUUGGACGAUAGUGAGAAACAUAGUGAAGCAACUGAAUUGAAACCUAAAUUCGAGAAAUUGGGUGGCUAUGAAUUCUAUCAUAAAGUAUUAGGUUCACCCAAAUACAUUGUUGCACCAAUGGUGGAUCAAAGUGAGUUGGCUUGGCGUAUGCUGUGUCGCAAAUACAAAGCUGAGUUGUGCUAUUCGCCUAUGUUUCAUAGCAAUCUCUUUGCAAAUGAUCCGAAAUAUCGCAAAGAUGCAUUGCAAACCUGCCCCGAAGAUCGACCAUUGAUAAUACAAUUUUGCGGCAAUGAUGCCAAAACAAUACUGGAAGCCGCUGCUUUAGCACAAGACUACUGUGAUGCUGUUGACAUAAAUUUAGGCUGUCCUCAGGCAAUAGCUCGACGAGGUCAUUAUGGUUGCUUUUUGCAAGAUGAAUGGGAGUUGUUGGAAGAAAUUGUAAAAACUUUACAUGUAAAUCUAAAGGUGCCGGUAACAUGUAAAAUACGCAUUUUCGAGGAUAGAGAAAAGACCUUACGCUAUGCCAAAAUGUUGGAAAGGGCAGGUUGUCAAUUGCUAACGGUACAUGGCAGAACCAGAGAACAAAAGGGACCCUUGACGGGUAUUGCUGAUUGGAGUUAUAUACGAGAUGUUCGCCAGCACAUAAAAAUACCAAUGUUUGCUAAUGGCAACAUCUUGUGUUUGGAAGAUAUUAAAAGAUGUAUGGAAGAGACCGGUGUCGAUGGCGUUAUGACCGCUGAGGGAAAUUUACACAACCCAGCAUUGUUCUGUGGCCAAUCACCAAAAACCUGGGAAAUGGCCGAAGGUUAUCUGUCUUAUGUGGAACAAUUUCCCUGUCCCAUUUCUUAUAUUAGAGGACAUAUGUUUAAGAUUUUCCAUCACAUAAUGAAUCUUAAAUCAAACAGUAUACUAAGAGAGGAAUUGGCGGUGGCUAAUGAUGUGCAAAAGUUUCGUGAUGUAGUCAAAAAGAUCCAAGUAAAAUAUGAACCUUAUCAUGAAGGUCUCCAGGUUUAUGAAAUGGAAGAAGUUGACCCAAGUGUUACGCAACAUACGUUGGGUUACAAUCUCGCCUUACCGCCCUGGCUGUGUCAACCCUAUGUACGAGUACCACCAGAACUGCAUAAACAAAUUAUUGCCGAAAAGGUGCGUUUAGCAGAGGACCCCAAUAGAGAGAAACGCCACUAUUUUGACAACGAUGGCCAGGAGAUUUCACGUAAACGUAUGAAAAAACUGAGACGACGUAUGCGUCGCCCCAACAAGCCCGAAGGUAAACAUGAGCGUAAUUUGGAGAAUUGUGAUCAAUGCAACAAUCCCAUGGGCUUUAAGUGUGAAUUUCGUCUUUGCCGUAUUUGUUGUCGUGAAAAAUGCUACUCUGAGGAUAAUGACUGUCCGGGUCAUGGUAUUCUAAUAAAGUCUAGACGUGCUAAGGCGAAACAAUUUGAAGAAUCCAAAAAUGAUUCUGGUUUGGCUGAUGAAGCUGACGAGUCCGGAGAAAGUCUAAAGGAACAAGAUGUUAAUAAGCUCUCGGUGAACGUUAGUAACUCUGAUAUUAGUUAGUAGUGAAUUAUUUAAAGUGUUUAAAAUUUAGUUAAUUUGUAGAAACACUUUCCUUAAUAAUAUAAAAAAAAACAUUAUAAUUUUAUGUUAUUAGUCAUAAUAAUUAUAUCAAAGGUUUAUUAAACAUUUAUUUUAAUAAUGUAUUAAACAGACCCCAUUAAAAUAAAUUAAGUGAUAAUGGAAAA